UCUUGUCAGCAGACUGACACCAAAACAUCAGUCCUCGUGAGGGAGGGAGGGGGUUCCGCUUUGCGCAUGCGCAGCUUCCAGAGAGUCAGCCCAAGCUGCGCAGGAGCGGACCACACGAACAGCGGCGGACUUUGAAGCCUUUCCUGACCACUGUUGACUUUUCAAGAAGAAGUGGGCAGAUCCAUUCCAUCAUGGCUGCCGCUGCUGCUCCAUCCUCCUCCAAAAGCAGCCUGAGGGAGGACCUGACAUGUGCCAUCUGCUGUGAUCUGUUCCGGGAGCCCGUCAUGCUCCCCUGCAUGCACCAUUUCUGCAAACCUUGCAUCUCCAGGUACUGGAGGGGGACUCAGGGACCUGUCAGCUGCCCGCAGUGUCGCAAGGAAUUCCUCAACAAACAGUUUCAGACCAACUUCCUGGUGGCAGCCAUGGUGGAGAAGAUCCGUGCCACUACCUCAGACUCAUACACCAAGAGCCUUGAGAAAAAACUCAGGGAGAUGAUGGACAGCCACCGCCAAAGAAAAGAGAAUUUCACCCUUGGUGUCCGCAAAGACAAAGACCUCAUCAAUGCCAUAAACAGAGUUUCGACAGACAUUAAAACACGCAUUAAAGGGGAAUUCAGAGCCCUCCACCAGAUCCUGGAGGAGGAGGAAACCUCUAUGCUGGAGCAGGUCACGAGAGAACAGGAGGAGCAGCUGGAGAGCGCACAGCGCCACCUGGAGGCUACGGAGUCGGCCAUACGAGAUCUGGAGGAAAACAUGCAAGUUCUGCAGCAGUUUAGCUCUGCAAUGGAUGACAUUGAACCAGGCGAGCAGCUGCAUCAGUUGAGACCCUUUUCCCAUGUGGACGUGGCCCAUCACUUUGAUAUUGAUGCGUUCAGCAACAGAUACUUGGCUCCGCUGCAGUACAUGACAUGGAGACGGAUGUUCAAGUCUCUGAGGCCAGGUUUGUCCCCUUUGACGUUUGAUGUGGACACGGCACACCCGAGUAUUCACGUCUCCAGAGACAAAACGGCAGCGGUCGAGUGCGACUACAUGACCCAGCACGCCGCUCACAGCAAGCGGUUCCUGCAGUGCGUCAACAUUCUGGCUGAGCAGAGCUUCCACUCCGGCCGGCACUACUGGGAAGUAGAAGUGGGCUCCAGCGCUAAGUGGGACCUGGGCGUGGCGUCGGAGGCGGUGGACCGGCGCGCCCGGAUCAAGCUGAGCCCCGAGAACGGCUACUGGACCCUGCGGCUGCGCAACGGAAACGAGUACUGGGCCGGAACGCAGCCGUGGACGAGGCUGCAGGUCGGCUCUUCGCCGCAGAGGCUCGGCGUUUACCUGGACUGCGACGAGAGGAAGGUGUCCUUCUACGACGCCGACGACAUGAGCCUGAUCUACACCUUCAACAACGGGCCGAGAGGCAAAAUGUUCCCCUUCUUCAGCCCGUGCAUCAGCGACAGGAGACACGGGCUGCAGCCGAUAAAGCUGCCGCAUCACCCCGCUGUGUCCCUGCACGGCUAGCUAAAGGAACUGCUUCACUUCAGCAUUAAAAGACGCCAUUAUGUCAGAGGAUCCUUUUAUUUUCAUCUGCUCUUGUGUUUAAAUCCCUCUUUUAGUUCACAAUCAGCUAAAGUUCCUCAUAAAAUGAUGGAUUUCAUGUUAGAUUCAGUAGAUAUACCAAUAAAACUGGUAUCAAAUCACAGAAUCUGUAGCAAAAAGAGUUUAGGUUCAGCAAUCGACUUUGAUUUAUUCAGAAAAAAUAUUCAAUCAAAUGUUUGGUUUAUUCAUUUCUUUUUUGGAAUGUUUUUUUUUGCUAAUCUAACUCCUCAAUUUUAUCAUUUGUGCCAAUUUUUUAAUGAUGUUUUCACGUUACUUUCUGUACAUGUGCAAUAUAUUUCCACCUAUGUGUAAUUUUUGUCUUGAUUAAGUGGAAGAUUAAAAAAAAACAAAACUUUUUGAACCAAA